AUGCGUCGAAACCAGAUUCUUUUGCUAGUGGUUUUGCUCUUGGCGUGGUCUUCAGAAGCCGUCCCAUCUGGUGUCGUGAAUCUUCGCCCGAAACAAAAUGUGAAUUCUGUUGGCAUUGGCGAUCGCUUCGGCGGCAUCGGCACGAGCUCCGACGAAUCCGAUCACUUCAAAUUGUUGGCCGCUGAUGGAGAUUCCCUAUUAGUGGGAGCCAGAAACGCCGUCUACAAUCUCUCGCUCUCGACGCUUUCUGUGAAUCAUAAAAUCGACUGGAAACCCCCGGCGGAGCACAUUGAAGAAUGUAUAAUGAAGGGAAAAUCGAAAACGGACUGUCAGAACUACAUUCGGGUCCUGGCACGAAAAUCAGCGGGCGUCUCCCUGGUCUGCGGGACGCACGCCUUCUCUCCAAAGUGUCGCGAGUACUCGGUGACGGAUUACGGUAUCCGGAAUACUCGGCAAUUCGAUGGUCAAGGAAUCUCGCCGUAUGAUCCGAAGCACAAUUCCAGUGCACUCUAUAUUCCACAAACGAAUCAGUUGUUCGCAGCGACGGUGACUGAUUUUGUGGGGAAUGAUGCAUUGAUUUAUAGGAAGACAAUCGACGAAACACCGGCAACAAAAGCGUCAGCGAACAUUCGAACGCAAAGUUACGAUGCGAGAGUGUUGAAUGCUCCCAACUUCGUCGCCACCUUUGCCUACAAAGAGCACGUCUACUUUUGGUUCCGAGAGAUCGCCAGCGAGGCAAUCGAUAAUAAUGAGGAGUCACAGAUCUAUGCCCGUGUCGCCAGGGUGUGCAAGAACGAUAAAGGGGGCGCCCGUCCGGCCAACGAGCGAUGGACCAGCUAUUUGAAGGCGCGGCUCAAUUGUUCACUGCCUUCUGGAUCGUCUCCGUUCUAUUUUAAUGAGCUUAAAGCCGUCUCGGACCCCAUCGACGCUGGAAACAACGAUCACGUCGUCUACACGGUCUUCUCCACGCCGGACUCUGACGUCCGAAUGAGUGCGGUGUGCAAGUUUUCAAUGAAGAAGAUUCGAGAGGAAUUCGAUAAUGGCACUUUCAAGCAUCAGAACAACGCCCAAUCAAUGUGGAUGGCCUACAAUCGAAACGAGGUUCCCAAGCCCCGCCCCGGCUCCUGCACCCCGGACUCUACGAAACUUCCCGAGAAUACAGUAUCCUUCAUCCUCCACCACCCCCUCCUCCAUCGUCCCAUCCCAGCAGUCUCCGCCCCUCUUCUAGUUGAAGGCGCCGAUCGUGCGGAUCUUACUCAGAUUACUGUAUUGCCACGUGUCAAGGCGGUUGGCGGUCAGAACUACGAUAUACUGUUCAUUGGAACAUCAGAUGGGAAGGUGUUGAAAGUGGUUGAGGUGGAUGGGAAUGCUACCGUAAUCCAAGCGGCUACAGUAUUCCAAAGGGGUGUUCCAGUGGUGAAUCUACUCACGACGAAGGAGAAUGUGGUGAUAGUGUCAUCUGAUGAGAUUGCGUCGUUGCCAGUACACAACUGUGUUCAGCAGACCAGUUGCUCAAAGUGUGUGCAGCUACAGGACCCGCACUGUGCGUGGGAUUCCAGUAUUGCCAGAUGUGUACACGGAGGAUCGUGGACCGGAGAUCAGUACAUUCAGAACAUGGUAUUCGGCCAAUCUGAGCAAUGUCCCGAGGGAAUCAUCGUGCGGGAAGUGUUCGAUGACAGUGAUAGUGAUGGUGCUCAACCGGAAGCCGUGUCUCGAAACGUUUAUGCCAAGGAGCACUCGACAAUUACAGUAAUCCUGGUGGCAGCAGUCGCUUCGUUGAUUUCCCUGAUUAUUGGAGCGUUUAUCGGAAUCCGUGUGAAUCGAUGGGCGGCCACUUCCGAACCCCAUAGGUCCGCAAGCUCGACAAGCGGCUCGGAUUACGAUAGUUUCGGUAGAGCGCGUUUGACACGACACGAUUCGUUGACGACGGCGACGAAGGUGGAUCAUGGUUUCGUGCCGCAAUCAAAGCAGAGCAUGGAUGCCACGUCACUGGUGAUGUCAAUGAACGCCACCCACCAUCCGAUGUCUAUGAGCCAGCAUGGCUCCGGAAUCAACACCCCAUCUCGGGAUAAGAACGCCAUUGUCACCUCAAUCAAUCAGAAUACACUGCCCAGAGACUAUAAAGUCAAAAAAGUCUAUCUUUAG